AAACUCUGCUUGUCAGUUCUUGUACAAAACCGACACGUAUCGGCAAGAAUAGAUGCGACCGUCCCGAUAAUCAAGCGCGAAGUGCCGAGUGCAGUACGAUCCGAGUUGGAUCUGUAGUUGUAGACAACAAUUUAUUCUUUCACGCUUACCAACAAUAUAAAGUGAUAUUUGAGGCUUUCGUAGUGCGGAGAAAACGCUUGAUUUGAUUUUUGGCUUGGUGCAACAUCCGUGGUUUUCUUCCCGGUGUAUCAUUUCACUUCACUUGUUCAGGGAGAAGAAACGUCUCUAAAAUUGUUUCAGGCGUAUUUAUACCUUAUAAGGCGUGUUUUGAGGGACGGAGGAUAUCAGUACAAGGACAAAGUUGACAAACGACAAAGUUAACAGCGAUGAAGGAUGGCAAAGCAUCCGUCGAAUUUACGAUCAAUGGGGAACCGCAUGUGGUGGUCGGAAACAUACCGGUCAACACAUCUCUCAAUGUCUACAUUCGCGAAUAUGCGAAACUGCGCGGCACAAAGGCGAUGUGUCACGAAGGUGGCUGUGGUGCCUGCAUCGUGGCCGCGGAAAUCAACGGCGAGACAAUGGCCGUGAAUUCCUGCCUCAUACCGGUACUGAUCUGUGACGGAUGGGCGAUUCACACGAUCGAAGGCUUAGGAAACAAGAAACAAGGUUAUCACACGAUUCAGGCUACACUCGCUGAGAAGAAUGGCACGCAAUGUGGCUAUUGUUCUCCCGGAAUGGUGAUGAACAUGUACAGCCUCCUGAAGGACAAGAAAUUGACGAUGCUGGAAAUUGAAAAUUCGUUCGGCAGUAAUAUAUGUCGAUGCACCGGUUAUCGACCGAUUUUAGAAGCGUUUAAAGGAUUCGCCAGCGAUGCACCGUCGGCUAUGAAGAAGGAAAUCCGCGACAUCGAGGAUCUGUACAACAUCAAGGCCUGCGCGAAAGGGGCUUGCCGUGGUAUUUGUCACGAUUUGUUGUGUGAGCGCAAAAGCGCGCAUAAAGGGCUCAAGAUCAGCAGGAUGUUGGAUAUCAAACUGGAGGAUGCGGAGUUUUUCAAAGUUUACUCAAUAGAGGAUCUCUUCGCGAUAUUUCAGCAGAAACCGAACGCCACAUAUAUGUUGCACGGCAGCAACACCGCUCACGGUGUUUACCGCGGGAAGAAAUGCGACGUGUACAUAGAUGUGAACGACAUACCAGAUCUGCGUCGCAUCGAAAAGACCGAGAACUCUCUGAUCCUGGGCGGCAACGUGUCGCUAACCGUAGCGAUGGAAACGUUCGGCAAGUACUCCAGCGAGACUGGGUUCAAGUACCUGAAGCACCUGGCCCAUCACAUCGACUUGAUCGCCAACGUGCCGGUGCGCAAUGCGGGCUCGAUCGCUGGUAACCUGAUGAUCAAGCACGAGCACCACGAGUUCCCGUCCGACCUCUUUCUCAUGCUGGAAACGGCCGGCACUCAGAUACACAUCCUCGACGGUCCCGGCAAUAAACGCAGCAUGGUGCUGUUGGAUUUCCUCGCCACCGACAUGCGGCACAAGAUCAUCUACAGCGUGGUGCUGCCGUUCCUGUCCAACGAGUACGAGUACAGGUCUUACAAGAUCAUGCCCAGGGCGCAGAACGCGCACGCCCACGUGAACGCCGGUUUCCUCUUCAAGCUCGACGGCGGCUGCAAGAUCUUAGAGAAGCCGAACAUCAUCUUCGGCGGCAUCAACGAGCACUUCCUGCACGCGAACAAAACCGAGCAGCUGCUGAUGGGCAAAACGAUCCUGGACAAGCAAGUGAUGAAGAGCGCCUUGGAAACUCUGAGCAACGAGCUGCAACCGGACCAUGUGCUGCCGGAUUAUUCGCCGGAGUUCCGCAGAACCCUCGCCAUGGGACUGUUCUACAAGUUCGUGUUGAGCAUCAAGCCGCAGGACGUGAACGCCAAGUUCCGCAGCGGCGGCAGCAUCUUGGAUCGAGAUGUCUCCUCAGGUAUGCAGGACUUCGAUACCGACAAGAAUAUCUGGCCGGUGAACAAGCCGACGACGAAGCUGGAGGCGAUAUACCAGACGUCAGGCGAGGCUCAGUACUGCAACGACCUGCCGCCGUAUCCCGGCGAGGUGUUCUGCGCCUUCGUUGCCACGGAAAUCGGCAAUGGGAAGAUUCAGAACAUCGACGCGAGUAAAGCGUUGAAGAUAAAGGGCGUGAUAGCGUUUUACACCUACAAAGACGUGCCCGGCAAGAACCUGUGCAUAGCCGGCACCAGUCAGCAAUUCAUGUUAACGAACGACGAGAUAUUGUUCGCCGAGAAGGAUGUGUUGUACGCAGGUCAGCCGGUCGGCGUAAUCGUCGCGGAGACGCACGAUUUGGCGAACCAAGCUGCGAAAUUGGUGGAGAUCAAGUACAGCGACGCUUUAAAGAGGAAGCCCUUAGUAACCCUCAAGGACACCGUUGCCGCCAAGGACGAAACGAGAUUCUUACAGACCGCCGAUAAGCCAGCGAAGAACAAGGGAACGAAUAUCAAGCACGUGAUCAAAGGCAACUUCGAAUGCGGUAGCCAGUAUCACUACACCAUGGAAACUCAGUCCUGCGUUUGCAUUCCUGCGGAGGAUAGUAUGGACGUCUAUCCGACGACACAGUCGAUGGACCUCACUCAAGUAUCGAUCGCGCAAUGCCUCAAUGUCAAGAAUAAUAGCAUCAACAUCAUCGUGAAAAGAAUCGGCGGUGGAUACGGAGCGAAGAUUUCACGUAACACGCAAGUCUCGUGCGCCUGUGCGCUGGUUUGCCACAAACUGAAUCGCCCGGCGCGAUUUGUCUUGUCAAUCGAGAGUAACAUGAUGUCGUGUGGCAAAAGAUUCUCCACGCGCCAAGAAUACGAGGUCGGUGUGGACGAUGACGGAGUUAUACAGUAUCUCAAUUCCACACAUUGGGGCAAUAGCGGCUACACCUUUAAUGAGGCCCACGCUUUCUUGGCGGCGCACCAUGCAGAAAACUGUUACGCAAGUGACAAUUGGACGUUCAAAGGAUACGAGGCGCGAACCGAUCUGCCGUCGAAUACAUAUUGCCGAGCGCCAGGAUCCACGGAAGGGCUAGGCAUGAUCGAAAAUAUAAUGGAGCACAUCGCAAGAGCAACGAAGAAGGAUCCGCUACAGGUCAGACUGGCAAACUUAAGCGACAAUGACAGGAAGGCGAUUGAAUCGAUGAUAAGUGACCUAUCGAAAUCUGCCGAUUACGAAAUGAGGAAGCGAGCCGUCGAAACAUUUAACAACGAAAACCGCUGGAAGAAGAAGGGGAUCGCUUUAAUGCCGAUGAACUAUCCUCUCUUCUAUUACGGUCAAUUCAACGCGGUGGUGUCGAUUUGCGCACGUGACGGCACGGUCUGCGUCACACACGGCGGCAUCGAAUGCGGCCAAGGCAUAAACACCAAGAUCGCUCAAGUGGUGGCUUAUUCGUUGGGAAUCGACCUGAGCUUAGUCGCCGUAAAAGCCAGCAAUAACUUAAUGACACCUAACACAUCGGUUACCGGAGGCAGCAUCAGUAGCGAGACUUCUGCAAUGGCCGCCAUAAAAGCAUGUAAACAACUCAUGGAUAGGCUCGAACCGAUCAAGAAAGACAUGAAAGGUGCGACCUGGCAGGAACUCGUUUUAGCGGCGCACUUGAAGGAUGUUGAUUUAUGCGCGCGUUACAUGAUCUCGCCCGUAAAAGAAAUGCAAGCAUAUCCAGUUUAUGGCGUCACCAUCGCCGAAGUAGAAAUAGACUUGUUAACCGGGCAGCACAUCGUCAGAAGAGUUGAUCUAAUGGAGGACGCUGGUACGAGCUUGAAUCCGGAGGUCGAUGUCGGUCAAGUGGAAGGAGCUUUCGUAAUGGGAAUGGGAUACUGGACAUCCGAGGACUUGGUCUACGAUCUUAAAACAGGAGCGUUGGUGAAUACCAGAACUUGGAAUUAUAAACCACCAGGAGCGAAGGAUAUUCCCGUAGACUUCCGCGUGAGCUUCCGCAGGAAUGCUCCCAACCCGGUCGGUGUCCUUCGUUCAAAGGCUACCGGUGAACCACCGCUUUGCAUGAGCUACACCAUUCCGAUGGCGAUUCGCAAUGCACUGAAUUCUGCUAGAGCGGACAGCGGAAAUACGGAUGUUUGGUAUCCAUUAGAUGGACCAGUCACUACGGAGCGUAUACUUAUGACCAGUUUGACCAGCAAAGAGAACAUGGUGCUCUGAGUGGGAAGCGAUAUGCAAUCGCGAACGGUGCUUGAAAUCGAGACUUCUACUAAUUAUCACUUUCAUAUUUCCGUAAUAAUUUUAUGGCUUUCUAACCGUAAUAACACCAGGCUUUUUGUGAUCUGCACAGUUUACACGGCUACCCAUGUGGUACAGACGUCCUAAAGACGUCCCGAGGACAUCCUUAUGCCCUAAGGAUGUCCCCACAGGACCUCCCUUGGAUAAAGUGUGCUGUAUGGGUGAUGAUGUAAGAGGCGAUGGUUUUUAGGCGAUCAAGCACUCUGUUAAUACAAUAUUCGGUAAUUUAAGACGAUAUAUCGAUAUAUCGAUAUAUAUAUAGAAUAUAGUUAUCUUAAUAUAAGGCGCACACACACACACAAUUUGUUUUAUGGUAAAUAAUUUCAAUAAAUAUUCUAUUAAACGCCACUGAUGUGUGCUACAUAGUAAAUAUUACAACAUAUCUGCGGUGUAUAUUGAUAUUAAUGAUAAUAUAAAGUAGCCGUAAAUAAUAAAUCGUAAAUAAUCGUGAAUAUGCGAGCACAUACCGUAGGUAUAUACUUCUCGAGAGAAUCUACAGCAACGAUUAUCAUGUACAGACAUCAUCGUUAAACGUUCGAAUUUGCACUUGAGGAUGAGCGAGAAGGGGGACAGAAAGCGGUAAGAAAGGAAGAAAACGAAACGAGAUAAUGGCAUGUGAUUGGUAUAUGCACGAAAUUAAACACACGUAGCUCGCGCACAGCGUAACGUUCGCCGGGAAAUUGGAGAGGAAACGGAAUUUCCUGGAAUGUAGUUCCGUGCCGGUCUCAAGACAUUCGCACGGAGCGACGUGCGUUCUCGAACGAUUAAAACUUGCGGGCGCGUAAUACACCGAGCGCAAAUAGCGAAAACCGAAGAAUAACCGGUAUAAUUUCGGAAAGAUCGAUCUUGCGAGGGUGCGCAAAGGUGCGCAAUUUAUCACAUUUGGCGUGAUAUAAAUAUACAUGUAUAUGUGUGUGUGUGUGUGUAAUUUUUCACAGGAUCAUUCUCUCUCUCUCUCUUUUCCUGUUUGCGGCGUCGAUUCUCUCCGCAAUCAGACCGGUUUCCUCGCCGGUGACAAAUAAUGUCGCGGUAGAGCCGGCACAACUGUCCUCGUCUCGCGCAUUUUGUCCGCCCUUAUCCUCUCCUUUCGUUGACCGUACUCGCCGAUUUCCGAGGAAGUACGAUACGGAACGUUCUUCGAACAGAAGCAACGUCGUCACAAUGCCGCUUCUUCGCCUGCGUGUAUAUAUACAGACACACACAUACAUACAUGUAAAUAUAUACACCUCUCUUUUCCUCUCCUCCCAUUCUCUAAUCCGAUAACGUCGCAAGCUAUCUUAUACGCCGGGUUUACGAUAAAAAGUAGAACGGUCCCUUUUCGUUAUUGUUUUGAAUGGAGGAGUGAUAUUUCGAUCGCCGCUAAGAACGCGGUACGAGAAAGCAGGCGGACGUGAUGACUACAGCUUUGACUUGGACGAGACAACAGCGAAACAAAUUAUACGCGCACGAAUCUUUGUCGAGCCGCAGGAUGUUCUGUCGAAUCUAACGGCGUUGUGAAUAUCGCACAAUAAUAAUCUUGCGAUAUCGAGUACGCUAAUCCCGAGAUGCAAGUGGUCAAUUUCCGUCAAGAAUUGUGUGGAAAAAUUUAGCAUCAAGAAACUCCCUCCUCGAUCCACCGGUAAAUUUCGUUACACGUUUGCAACAACGCCCUCGAGAAGGGUUCCUUCUCUCUCUUUUACUCUCUGUUAUCGUCAACAUUGUAUAACUUAUACGAAACAACAUUGAACCAACGAUCGCUUUCUCCCAAGAAUUUGUUCACCGCUGUAGAUCCUUGAAAGAACGUCCCGUAGUUUUUCACGCGUAAGGCCUACUACCCGUUAAAGAACAAUAAAAAUAAUUCGGCUGUGAACUAUUUA